CCGUCUGGCUCGUGUCAGGCUGUACACUGGUCUGGCUCCCCUUCCUGUUCGAAAAGGCCCAUUGGGGGUCUAUUCCUUCCUCCACUUCGCUCCGUUGUCCGUCGUCGCGUCCACAAACCAGGAGUCAGUACAUAAAGUAUGCUAUAUGAACUCCUCUCUGGUGGAGAGAGAUUAUUAUGAUUCUUCUUCUGCUGGAGGAGAGGAGGUAUUUAUUGGUGGGGAAAGAAGAAAAAUGCCAUCAUCGAUCACUCAUCAAGUCACUCCUGCUGCUGCACCGAGUAAAUGGGUCUUCUCUGGCAAAAUCCUCGUAUGUACGCUCAGUCACCCUCACACCCUCGACCAGGAGACACACUCAUCCAGAACACAGCACGAUAUCAUACAUCAUCUGAGUGGCUCGAGAGAAGGACAAAAAUUCAUACGAAUUGAGCAGUAAAUUCAUGCAAUCGUGGUAAAUUGAGAAAGUUUGAUAAGGCGUCGACUACUGGGUCGAAUUUCAUCCAGAAACUUUCCGUGUGUCGACGACUGGUCACACUGCGUGUCGAAUUUCAGAAACUUUGUGUGUCUUUGUGACGACGACGACGAUGACGAUGCCACCUUUGGCCGUGAUUUACUUCCUAAUUUCGACCGGAGAGUUGUUAAGUUUCGUGGGGGGAGAGGAGGCCUACUUUUCCCCGACGGGGAGUCUUCUCGGGUCGGAGGAGGGGGGUUCCUCGUGGGGGGAGAGGGCGACGUACGGGAACGCUUUCUCCUGUCUCACCAUCCCCCAGAACUUCACGCUGUGUCGGAAUCUCGACUACUCCAACAUGAUGGUGCCCAACCUCCUGGGUCACGACUCCCUCCAGGAGGCCGACUACCAUGCGAGGUCUUGGGUGCCCCUCUUGGGCCUGCAGUGCCACCCCGACACCCAAUUGUUCCUCUGCUCCCUCUUCUCCCCCAUCUGCCUGGACAGGCCCAUCUACCCGUGCCAGUCGCUUUGCCAGGGCGUCCAAGCGAAAUGCGAGCCGCGCAUGUUGACCUACAAGUACCCUUGGCCAUCCAUGUUCCGCUGCGACCAGUUUCCCGAUGGCGACCUUUGCAUCAAACCAGGCGCCGCGAACAACUCGGAACGACUGCUAGAUGAGCCCGACUGCCCGUCCUGUAACCAGGCGCACACCUGCGAAAACAUCGUGGACCACUUUUGCCGAGCAGAUUUCGUGUUUCGAGCCAAGCUGAAGCGUCUCUCCCGCGGGGGGACGUCGCAGUUGGAGUGGCGUCGCGGAAAAUGGUUUAAACCCGCGGGACGUGGCGAAACGGGGGCCGCCAGUGCGGGGCGUGAGCUCACCUUGGACCAUAAGGAUAACUGCUGCGCGUCCAAGCUACGUCCCGGUGCGGCCUAUUUGGUGAUGGGGGUCAAACGUGGGGAUCAGAAUGUCGCCACGUUCGUCAUGGCGUGGAAUGCGGGAGAUAAGGUUUUGAAAAACGCGAUCCGCACCUUCCGCUCUGGCCUGGACUGUUCCAAUCCACUCCCCAUGUCGGUGGGGUCCGAGUCCGCGAACGUGACGAGUACUCGGAGGAGGAAGAGGAGGCGGGGUGGUGGUGGGCGAUCGGCGACGACGACACCGGCGACCAGUCAGUACGGCGGGUGCAGGGUGGCCGCUUCUUCUUCGUCCUCGACGACGACACAGAAAUCGACUCGGUGAAGGGGGCCACAUUUUUUGAGGGGGCGGGGCGGGGACCAUGACAAGUAUUAUGAAGGGAGUAGUGACGAACGAGGGCAUUUAUUAGCUUGUAGGACGGAAUGGCUAGUAUGUAUUACGACCAAGAUGAGGAUGACGUGUACAUAGACUGGGGGGAAUUUGUGGGGGGUGGGGGCACCCUUAAUGUAGGAUUGGAUGACGAACCACG